CACCUGCGGGUUGAGGGAAGCGGGAAUAUUGGGUAGCGCUCCAACCCGGGUCCCAGAUGGCGGCCCAGCCUGCGGGAAUCUGAAUGUUUAAUACGCCAGGGUGCAGGUUGGCUGUGGUGUUAUUGGGUUAUGCCGGCCGCGGGUGGAGUCAGUGUGUUUUUUGCAUUUUAAAAAGUCCCAGGCCAGUAGCCGGCCAUAAAAUAAGCGGAGUCGAGGUUUGAAAAUUGUUCCCUCCACUUGCUGUUUUCUCCCCGAAGAUGGCGGAGGCACUGGGGGUGGCUGACACCCGUAGGCUUCACAGUAAGCCGCAGGAUUUAAACGACGCGUACGGGCCUCCCAGCAACUUCCUCGAGAUCGACAUCUUCAACCCGCAGACGGUCGGGGUCGGUAGGAGUAAAUAUACCACAUACGAGGUCCGAAUGAGGGUGAGUGUGCGGUUGCUAGCCCCUACUUCAAGCUGCCGCGGAGGUGGAGGGGGAGGGGAAUGUUAAAUCUAGUCCGAGGCU